CAAAUAAUGGAAACCAAGGAACCAACCCCUCAAAAGACCUUUGACUUUGCUUGUCACUGCGGUGCCGUCAAGUUCCAGUGUGAGCUGGACCAUGAUCUUCGUCAGAGUGGCCGUUGCAACUGUUCAAGCUGCUCAAUCACCCGUCUAUGGUGCCAUCCCGUCACCAACAUUAGCUCAUUCAAGAUGUUGACACCAGAGGAGAACCAAUCCGUCUAUCGCUACGGAACAAACUACACUGGACACUACUUCUGCAAGACCUGUGGUACCCAGACCUACAUCAAGGGUGACCAUCCAGGCUUUGGCACCUACUCCUACGUGAGCAUCAACUGUCUUCAAGGAUUCACUCAAGAGCAAUUCUCUGCCAUUCCCGUGCACUAUGCCAAUGGAGCCGAAGACAACCACAAGGAUACUCCAAAGUUCACCAGUCACUUGUAA